UACGAGGAUGGGCAGCGGCGGCAUUGAGUACGAGAGGCUGGUCUUACCGCUGAAGCUCGCUUGCCAGGCGUUCAGUUGCUGGCCUUACACGAUACAUCCGCUGUACCAGGCAUUCGUGCUGGUGGGCUUGCUGACGUGGGUGAGCUCCUGCACAGCCGAGCUGCCGAUGCUGCUGGCUGGCGACGACGUGAACAGGACGAUCGAGGCCAGCUUGAUCACCCUUGCCUCCUACAUGACCGUGGUGCGUUUCCUGCUGUUCAGUCUGCGCCGCGAGGAGAUGCUCUACGUGCUCGAGGUCAUGCGCUGCGACUGGACGAGCGUCCAGGAUAACGCCGAGGACGCGCGGCUUCUUAUCAGCAAAACCCUCGGCACCUUCAGGCUCUCGAAGCUCUUCAUGCUCAACACGUUUAUCGCUGGGCUGGCCUUUGCCGUCUUGCCCGCGCUCGAGCUCGAAAAUUGCUCGGGGGAAGUGGCGGAAGCUCGGCUCGGGACAGACGCGCGUGCCGAGCAGCCGUUACAAGCGUGCGUUAAGCGUGCGGCGCAGCAAGCGUUUCUAGCCGGAGGCGACGGCCGCGCGGGCGUGCUCCCCUUCGGCGGCCGCUACUUCUUCAACCACACGAGGUCCGGCUCGGUCUACGCGGCCACCUACGCGGGCAACGCGCUCGUGGGCGGCAUCGGCUGCAGCACGAUCGCCGGCGCGACCUGCUUCAGCCUGAUCACCACCAUCCACGCCUCGGCCAAGUUCGCGCUCGUCCGCCGCCACUUCGAGUCCAUCAGCCACGCCGAGUGGAUGGGCCGCUCGACGGGCAAGUUCAGGCUCUGCGUGCGGGAGCAUCAGCAGUGCAUCAAGUUUGCAGAGACGGUCGAACGGAUAAUCAACCUGCUGGCGCUCGCGCAGUUCGUCGUCAGCACGGGUCUCCUGUGCUUCGCCGGAUUCCAGAUGACCAUGAUGCUGAAGGACAGGGCUCGCCUCACCAAAUACGGCUCCUUUCUCAACGCCGCCGUCUGCGAGCUGUUCAUUUUCAGUUACAGCGGUCAGCGCUUGAAAUCCGAGAGCCAGGCUGUCGCGGACUUUGCGCAGUUGACCAAUUGGGUGGGAGCCUAUCGAAAGUCCGUCGACAUUCAAAUAGUCAUAAUGCGCGCCAGCAAGGCCUGCACCAUUACGGCAGCCAAGUUCUACGACAUGACUCUCGAGGCAUUUUUAAAGGUUCUCAGCUCCUCCUUUUCCUACUUCUCGGUGCUCGUCGCCAAGCAGGACGACUCAUAGUCGACCAAGCGAAUUACCUAUCGCUUUCUGCACUGUUCUCGUCCUCACGUGUACAUGAAUAGUGUAAAUAACGGCUACAAAAGCCACUUGAUCACGCCCUCCUUAAGAAUUUAAUAAGAAAAAAGAAAAAAUUGCAUUCACCGCAGUACAUUUGGAUAGUUUACACUAUGCCAAUUAAAAUAAUUACAAAGCAACAUUGUCAUUCCGUACCGAAUUCUAAGGAAAGCAUUGCCGUUCGUACAAAAUUAGCAUAAAGCUUUUUCUUCUCGUGUAUAGCCGUUGGGAAGUUAUGCAAAGCAACCGCGCUCACGAAAACAAUGCUACAGGGACGUUUCUUUGUAGAUUGUCGGCCACGCUCGAAAAACGCAUUAACGCGAUAUAUGCGCGCAGUAUUUUUCGUUCAAAUAUAUCUUUUAGAUAAGUGCUUUUAUUUUCGUCGUAUCGAAACGUUCUCGCGGUCUCGUUCGCACGAGACUCAACCAAAUUAUAACAGCACAUUUCGUUAUUGGUGCAAGAAUUAAAUGUGAACCUCGCAUGGUCUCUUCACCCUUGGUACGCUCGAGGGCAAACGUCCACCCGAGGUCCAAAUUACUUUCUCGCGCUAGUAUCGAAUACGUACCAUACACAGACAACACCGCCGCUAAAUAGAAAAACACUUGGUGAAUGCACACCGCAGAUCCAUCGUCAUAGCAUAGCGUAUAUAUAUUUUUAUAAAUUCUUCUGUCGCUCGAUUUUCUACACAAAGGCUAAAAUAGACGCACACACGCGUAAUGGAAAGCAGCUGGGACGCACGCAAAAGAGAAAGACGGAGAGGAGAGCUGUAAAAAGCGGUAGGCUCGUGCACAAAGAAAA